AUGAUAUUUCGUUCAGUCUUUGCAUUGACUUUACUCAUUACUCUGUUUAUUCAUACGUUGAUCGCAAUUAAUCCAGCAUAUCUUCGCGAACAUUUGGUUGAGAAUCGUCAUAAUGAUAUUGAUAAUGAACAUUCGGGUAAAAUUUAUAAACGAAGUCUUCAUGAAGACGAUCAAACUGACGAUAACGACAACGAUGAUGGAUAUUAUAUGAUAAAACGUAAUAGAUAUCCAAAUUUUCAUGUAAGUCCAUUAUGGUUAUCGCGUCGAACACGUACGAAUCGUUUCUAUGGUAAACCAUUAUGGAUCUCUCGACCUGGACGGUAA